CAUCAACGUUGGGCAGGUGAAAGGCAUCUUGCACGCCCUUCACCGCAACAAUGUGGACCAUUAGGGCAUUUCCAUCUGUGAGCCGCUUCCAUGCUGCUGGCGGACGAAUAUUUGCAUGUACAACUUUCUCACCAACUCUUGUUCGUCAAGCGCGGUUGCCCAUCCAUCCAGGGCUCACACCGCAAUCUCGACCAUUGUCACAUGUAAUCUUUCAACGAGCCUUCUCCCCACCUGAACUGCCCCGUGCUUCCUGCUUCCUUCCUGGCCUGGUCCGACGUGUGCUUACUCAACAAAGUUCAAUCCAUAGCGGUUUUCCUUCUCCUUGGUUUUCGUGUUUAAAGGCCCCCAACCAGCAAAGAAACGUCUGGAAUGCAGUUGCAUCGCAAUUCAGGUUGAGUCAGCGUCGAAUGGUACGGACCAACUGGUAUCAACCAACCAAUGCGAAGUCAACUGGAUCUGGUGGCUCUUGGUCGAACUUUGGCAGAAAUGCGGACAAGUAUUUAAAUAGCCAAAAUGUCAUAUACGGCCUGAUUGGCAUUAAUGUUGCAGUAUUCCUCCUAUGGCAGUAUGCAGUCGGGAAUGCCAAAGCGUAUGGUGACCAGCGACUCUAUCAGUUCCUGAGCAACAACUUUUUGGUUGGUUACGAGAAUGUAUUUGUUCAUAAACGAUGGUGGACGAUGUUGACGGCGAACUUCAGUCAUAAUGAGCUUUGGCACAUGUUUGUCAACAUGUUUGUCUUGUACUCUUUUGGUCCUCCCGUGAUUGAUAUCAUUGGACCCCGCCAAUUUAUCUUUUUGUAUGUUGCCGCGGGAUUGGCUUCAUCGGUGGCAUCGCUCCUCCACAGUACCAUGUCCACUCGUCGAAAUGCGUGGGGAGUACCAAAGAGGCAGUUCACUGCAACUCACGGUGCUAGCGGUGCUAUCACGGGUUGUACGAUAUUGUUUGCUGCAACAUACCCCACGGUACCGGUUUAUCUGUUUAUGGUCAUUCCGAUUCCGGCUGCGGUAGCAAUUGGUGGGUUUGUGGCGUAUGAUAUAUAUCGAAGCUACACAGGAUCGUCAGGACGUACUGAUAGUGCGGCGCAUAUUGGAGGGGCCGCGGCCGGAUUGGCUUAUUGGUAUUUCAAGGUGCGCGGCAGAUAUAGAGGCGGACGCUGGUAGGGUGUACCUGGACUCGGACGAGGUGCAACCUUUGUAUGCAAUUGAUGCCCUUCGAGACCAGUGUGUGUAUAGUGACUCGACAUGUGCUUCACACAACAAUCCAUUUCAAAUAAUAUUCUAUUUCUGACUUUUCGCGACGGUGUAUAGCUUUCUCAGCAUAUGCUUCAUACAAGCAAUCUAUUUCAAAUAAAAUUACAUAAAUGGUCGUAGG